ACGCAAGGAGGACUGUGGGAUUUAUCUACAUGCAGAUGCGCGUAUUGUUUUAACUGAAAACACUUUUGAUAACGCACAGAUCUCGCAAUGUAUCUCUGCAGCGUUCUGGAUAUUUUAAUCUACUGAAUGAUUCGGAGUUGGAUUUUAUAGCUUCCAAAACGCACGGACUCCACGCGCUCCACUCCCGCUGGACUAUAAACACGCGCUGCGGUUUCCAGGGCGACCGAAGCUAACGUUGAGAGGAGGACAUCACCAGUGCCAGCGCUCACUGAGGGCAGCGGCUCGGCGUCGCGGUGACCAUGCCCGGGAUGGUGGUGUCGCUCGGCGGGGCAGCCCUGCUCCUCCUGUCCGGGCUGGUCGGUCCGCUCUGCGUGGUGCGGGCGUUCGGCGACGAGGUGGAGGAAAUGACCUGCGACCCGAUCCGGAUCAGCAUGUGCCAGGGUCUGGGUUACAACGUCACCAAGAUGCCCAAUCUGGUCGGCAACGUGCUGCAGUCGGACGCCGAGCUGCAGCUGACCACGUUCACACCGCUCAUUCAGUACGGCUGCUCCAGUCAACUCAAGUUCUUCCUGUGCUCUGUCUAUGUGCCAAUGUGCACAGACAAGGUUCCCAUCCCCAUUGGGCCGUGUGGUAGCAUGUGUCUUUCCGUCAAGAGAAAAUGCCUCCCAGUGCUCCAUGAGUUUGGCUUCAUAUGGCCUGAGGUGCUCAACUGCAGCCUCUUCCCACCUCAAAACGACCACAACCACAUGUGUAUGGAGGGUCCGGUGGAAGAGCUGCCCUACCAGCCCGUCCGCCACCCUCACCACCAGGAGGAAUGUCAGGCGCUGGGGUCCGCACCCGACCAGUAUACCUGGUUGAAGCAGACCGAGAGCUGCACUCUCCAGUGUGGCUACGACAGCGGGCUCUACCGGCGAGGGGCCAAAGUCUUCACGGACGCGUGGAUGGCGGUGUGGGCCGUGCUGUGCUUCCUGUCCACCACGCUGACGGUCUUGACCUUUCUGUUGGAUUCACAGCGCUUCUCCUACCCCGAAAGGCCCAUCAUCUUCCUCUCUAUGUGCUGUAAUCUGUACAGUGUUGCCUACCUGGUGCGGUUAACUCUCGGCAGGGAGCGCGUUUCCUGCGACCUGGAUGCAGCAGCAGUACCAAUUCUAGUGCAAGAAGGGUUAAAGAGCACCGGCUGUGCCAUAGUCUUCCUCCUGCUCUAUUUCUUUGGAAUGGCUUCCUCACUCUGGUGGGUGAUCCUGACCCUCACUUGGUUCUUGGCUGCUGGACUGAAGUGGGGUCACGAGGCUAUUGAAAUGCACAGCUCCUACUUCCACAUAGCAGCCUGGGCCAUCCCAGCCGUAAAGACCAUCGUCAUCCUCAUAAUGAGGCUGGUGGAUGCGGACGACCUGACGGGGCUCUGCUAUGUUGGCAACCAGCAGCAGGAGGCCCUCACAGGCUUUGUGGUGGCACCACUGGCCACAUACCUUCUGAUAGGCACUCUGUUCAUCUGUGCUGGCCUAGUAGCUCUUUUCAAGAUCCGUUCCAAUCUGCAGAAGGACGGCGCCAAAACAGACAAACUGGAGCGUUUAAUGGUGAAGAUCGGAGUGUUUUCUGUUCUCUACACUGUUCCGGCGUCCACGGUCAUCGGCUGUUAUCUCUACCAGCUCUCUCACUGGGGGGAGUUCAGGGCCAGCCCGCGGGACUCCUACGUGGCAUCGGAGAUGCUUCGAAUCUUCAUGUCACUGCUUGUAGGCAUCACAUCGGGCAUGUGGAUCUGGUCAGCAAAAACCCUCCACACCUGGCAGCGCUGCUCCGCCCGCCUGCUCAGGGACAGCAGGGCGAGCCGGGGGGUCAAGAGGGCACCGGGCGAGGGCUGGAUCAAACCGGGGAAAGGCAACGAGACAGUGGUGUGAGGAGAAGUGAUGGGAAUGGACUUCUACCUGCUUCCCUCUCACUAACAGAAACACAAACGAAAGAUGGAGAGGACAGAAAAAAGAGAGGGAGGUGAACGAUGUGAGGCAGGGACGCAGCAGGAGUUUCUCAAGGACGUCACUGGAUGUAAAUGGCUCACUGAGAGUCUGUAAGCAUGCCUCACCCCUCCCUAACUGACCCCGCACCUCUUACAGAGGAGACAAGUGGAGGUUUGGGUCGUACACAAGUAGCAACAGCAGCCUCUCUACCUCUGUUAGACUUCCUUUGCCCAGAGAAAUAGAGAAAGCAAAAAAUGAAGGAGAAAGAGAGACUGGAAAGGCAGGACAGACGCAUCGAUAUGCAGACCAGACAUGCCGAUAAGCUGUGUAGCACCACGUCUACCUCUCUGUCUCUCUUUCGUCCCCAGAGCCCUCAGCAGAAGAGACUGAACCUGCUGGAUACAAUAAACCUUCUACCGUUGUGUCUUUUUAGGGUCUUUUUGAAGUUUUGAAUCUUACACUGGACGGUCCUGGUGCAGACAUGAUGCAGGUUGACGUUUCCCAAAAGCAUCUGAAAGCUUCAGUCCCUGUGGGUUUGUACGCCCACACGGGAGAAUGAAAAAUCAAUGAAAUGCCAGACCAAGAGUAAUUAAAAUCCGAUGAAGACAUAUCAAAUAUGGCCUUAAAUCUGUGACGUGUUUACAUUUGAACAACAUUAUUAUACACUUUUUUUUUGUUAAUUAUCACCUUUUGUACAAUAUAAUAGAGCAAGUGAUUUUGUUGCUCGACGUUUUUUGGGAAACCAGCUCUAAGCUGUAAUAAUGCACUAUAAUUAUAUACAAUAUGUGAAGUGUUUGUGCUUGUCACAAGUGCAUUACCAGGGAUGGCAAAGCAAAACAAAGCAUCACACAGUAUAUUAAUAUGCAGAGAGCCUUAAACAGGGAGAGUUUGGUCAAUUUUCAGUAUGAACGCUGCAGAGAAAAAUGGUUUAUUGCUCACUUUUCUUGCAAACAUUGUGAAGGCAAGGGCAAACGGAGAAACAUAAUGAGAGUUUAUUUUUAUAAUACUUCUUGUACAUUAAGGUAAAGCCUGUGGUAACGAUGAAGUUAAACUGCAAUGAAUCCUGGGAGUGCCAUGGCUAUGCUUUUAUUGACCCACACAUGUGGAAGCGGCAAGGCGUCUGGGAAAUGUAGGCCUGUGUGUGUUUUACCUCAGUAGUCUAUGAGGAGCUCAGCGAUCUUCCAAUGAUGUGUGUAGUCUUCUUGGAAACCCCGUACUGUAUAUGCUCUCGAGUUACCAUGAAAUCCAGGAAAUUAAAUUAUUCCCUCUGCCCUCUUUUCCAAACAUUGGACCCCAGGCAGAAUCAAGAAUUAGAGGUUAUUAGACAAUCACUCGCCAAAAGACACACUAUGCAGUAACAGACACGUGUACGUGGAUGCAGGUAUACACAUACUCAGAGGAAUCAGUUCCCACGAAUCUCAUACAACGGCUUGUGUACGAACGAGUCACGAGCACCGUGUUUGCACGUGUCUCAGUUUCUUCUUCAGGUCGAUGAAGCCAUCACAGAAGCACAAUAAAACAGGCGCUAUUAAUUGUCGAGUCUGUUCUGCCCGCGUAUCUGCCUGCCUGACGCUCUCAUUGGCCCGCUGCCUGCCUGCUUCUCUUUAACCUUGUCUGCUGCAUCAUGGCUCAUUUCCCAGACAAUCAGCCUGUCCCUGGAAAAGAUUAUUGUACACUGCAUUUCAGAAUUUCUUGGAAGAUAGAAGCAAGAUUUCUAUUUGUCGUCUCCAGCGGUGCAUUUUGUUGUGGGAUAAUCUCUCAGUAUCUGCUUAUAGAAUGCACUAUAAGCUUUAAUUCAGUUACUCCUGGUCCACCGUGUCUUCCUGCUGCAUUCGCCAAAUUCUGCAACUCCUCCCGUGCACCGUAAGUUUGCCUGACAAUCUAUUGAGCAAAGCUCUUGCAUUUCGGUGAGUCUUUGAAUGUAUAAAAACGUGGGGUGUGUGUCACAUUACGCCUUCUACAUUUAAGCAAAGGACAUUUAGUUGUGGGCAGUUUAAAUGCGUAAGGGCGGGAGUCAUUUGAAACCAGAUCGUGCCCCACACAGCCUGUCGCAGGUGAUUUUGACUUCAUGUUUGGAACGAGGCAGAGAAUCAUUUUUACAACGUGGGCUGUCCUCUCCCCAAAAAAUGUUAAAUGUAACACCGCCCUUAUUGCAUUCAAUACUUUUGGCGGUUCUGGUGAAACCCAGGACCCCGAAAAACCAGUGCUUCUCAAGCCAGCAUACCAUGGCAUACUUAUUACAUUUCCAAAGUCAAACAAACAUUACAUUGAGUUAAAGCGAAUUAAAUUAACCUCUGACCACCUCCCCUCUGAGCUAAUGCAGUUUCCCUCUUAAACUGUCUUAAUGUCUGUGUUGGCCGUCUACUCUCGUAUGACCACACUGAGCUUCAGGUGACAUUUCCAAACAGUCACUGAAUAGUUGUGCCUCGAAAUAUUGUGCAUGUGUGCCACGGCCUAAUGAAGAUUGAGAACCACUGGUAAUACAGAUUUGUAAACGCUUUUGAGAAGCCCAGAUAUGAAUCAGUGCUGGGGUCAGAUCACCAGCGCUGAUCGUAGCCUUUAAAGAGUCUUUAGGCUGUUCCUCUGUGUAGAAAUCGUGUUGUCUUGAUGAUGUCAUUGAUGUAUUAUAAAGAAACUGCUAAUUUAUCCUUGUAAAAAAAAAAGUGACAAAAAAUUUUAAAACUUGUUUGUUAUUUAAAAACACUUUUGUAU